AUGACGAAGCGUCUGAUUCGGAUGCUCCCACAGCCGAUAUUCGGCCUAGGACACAGUAUGGGUGCAACGCAGUUGAUCAACGUAUCCCUCAUGCACCCCCGGAUCUUCCAGGGCCUUUGCUUGGUGGAACCAAUUGUGUUUCCCUACUCUGCGGAAAAUCAAGGUAGAGACCCUCCCGCGCAAGCGUCCAUGCGGCGCAGAGAGAGCUUCGAUAGCCUAGACAUGGCAAUCUCACAGUUUCGAAAGAGCAGUAUGUUUCAAAAGUGGGACCCACGAGCAUUUGACAUGUGGAUUGAAUACGGGCUCCGUCGUGCUCCUGGGGAUCGCGCAGAAAGAGUCAUAUUGACAACGACGAAGAGCCAGGAAUUAUUUACCUUUGUUCGACCAACCUUUCUUUCAGAAUUCCCGACAGACCGACGUCUGGCUUUCCCAGAUCUAGCCUUAGAAGCACCUUCUGAUACCCUCUUUUACCGCCCGGAACCGGUGAUUACAUUCCAUAACCUUCCGCAUUUGCGGCCAUCGACACUAUACGUUUUCGGCGAGUUCUCGCAGCUUAUAAGCCAUCAACUGCGGGAUUCUCUUGCAAGAAGAACUGGAGUUGACAUUGGUGGAAGUGGGGGCUCAACGACCGGUCAAGUCAAGGACAUCGUCGUGGGAAAUACUGGGCAUUUUGGCCCGAUGGAGGAUCCUAGGGGUUUGGCCGAACAGACUGUCGAUUGGCUCAAGGUAGAGGUUGAGCAGUGGGCUUUGCUUGUAAAGUCGAGUCUUCUGGAUUCGAAUAGUAAAGUUAGUCAGGACUUUCUGAGCUCCUUGGCAGGCAGCCACCAGGUCGGGAGGCAAGAAAGUCGCCUUCGCAAGUUAUGA